AUUAUGAUUUCCCCAAAAAGCCUGCAGUUCUUCUUGCGUGAGGGAGUCCUUUUUCGGAAUCUUCAGGAUCUGAAGGCAGUGCAAAAUAAAGCUCUACAGCUUCCUCGUGCUCUGAAAUUUAUUUCUGUGGUUCAAGAUGUCUGUGAUAAAAGAAGAUUAUAUAUGGAGAGAAAAACUGCUCAAGAGUAUAAUGCAUUUUUGGUGGAAUGGAAGCAGUUUCAAAAAAGGACUGAACAGUCUCGAGUGUUACCAGACAUAAAAUACUUGGAUGAAAAUGUGCAGGUUCAUUCAAACUUAACAGCAGAAGAAAUGGAAGAACUUGCUAAAGCUGAUUUGUUACUUGAAAAAGCAAGGUUGCUCAGAUCUAAAAAAAAGAAUUUAUCUAAAGAUUGCAUAGCUUCUACUAAAGCAGUGGCUAAAAUUGAGUCAUCCAAUUCAAAUGGUCCUUUUUCUGUAUCUAAUAUUUCGAACAAACGAACUGCUAUGAAAAGUACCUAUGAAAGUCCUAGAUAUAAUGGGAAAGCAUUAUCUCAUAGCAAGAGCACUGUGGAUUCUUCCUCCUACCAUAGAAACAGCAGUGUUCCUCGAUCAAAAUCUGCAAAUUUAACAAAUGCACCAAAGGUACGAGAAAAUAUACCAAAAUGUUGCCAAUCAGUUGGUGACAUAUCUCUAAAAAAGAAUAUAGGUUCACAUAUCAUUACAUAUAGGGAGGAAAAAACUAUAAAAGGACCAAGUUUGUCUGUGCUAUCAAAUAUGCAAUUUCAUGAAUUUAAGAAAAUUGUUGAAAAUAAUCACUUGGAUGAUAGCUCAAAUGAAAAAGGAGAAUGUGUAGAUAGUGUAUCUUCAGAUUUCCUUCAAAAUGGUUAUAGUAAUCCUCAUUUGCCUACAAAAGCAGCAUUUCACAAUAUGCUAAAAGGCAAAUUGAGCUCAAGAAGUAGUUACGUCUUCCACAGAUCUAGUAUCUGGUACCCUUUUUUAAGUUUUGAAAAUGAACUGUCCCUGUUUAGUGCCAUUAAAUGCAACAAUUUAGAUGCCUUUAUUAAUAUGUAUGAAUUAAUUCACAAUAUUCAAGAAGCACUGAUGUGGAUAGAUCUUUUGAAUACUGUUGGAAAAGAAUCCUUUCUUUGCUUAAUGUUACUAAGCAGAAAUGAUAAAGUAGAUGCUUGUGCCGCCAGCCAACUAAAUAGUUUUUAUUAAAAAGAAAAGCAUAUUACAGUACAAAGUCCGGGAUCGGACAUCCAAUAUCUGGAAUGGUCUAAAAUCCGGACCUCAGAGCCACAAACAACCUUUUUUUUUUUUUUUUUAUAUGCUUUACACAUGUGCAUUUGAUAUUUUCCUCCAUAAUAAAACAUGUAGAGAGUUAUAUGUUUGAAAAUAGUAAUUAACUCAGUGCUUUCUUAAACAAUCAUUGAAAUAAAUAUUUUUUAAUAUUCAUUCAUUCUAAUUCAGAAGUCAAAUGUGAAAAUUUUGUAAAUAUAACGCUGAUUUUUGUUGUUUGACUUCUGAAUUAGUAUUUAUUUGGCAUGUUAUUGUGUCUUAAUUAUUCAUUCAUUCAUUCACGUUUAAUAUUUGAAUUCUAAGAGCAAAUUGUUUUUGAAGACUUUCUUGAGUGUAGGAGUAUAAAAACUAAUCUUAAUUAGCCCUUUGUAUGUUCUGUAGUAAGCUUGUAUUUAAAUACAUAAUAUUAAUAUUUAUCUCAUGUAUUUAUAUAUAAAAUGUAUUUAUAUAUUUGUUUAAUUCAUGGUGAAUUUGAGAAGAAACUUCGAAAACAAAAUAUUUACUGCACUAAUUGCUCAGUUAAAUAAUGCUUCGCUCUUUUAAUAUCUUUAAGUGAAUUUGUAUAGAAAAGAUGAAGUCAAUAAUAAUAAAUAAAAAGAACAUAAACGUAAUCGCUUUAUUUGAAAUAAUUUGGAUUUUUUAUGAUUCAGUAUUCAUUUUUUUCUCUCUUCUUAUUUACAUACUUCAAACAGUAAUUCAAUAUUUAUUUAAUUAUCCUGUAUUUUCCCCCCUUAGAAACAGAACUCGCUUAUGUACUUACCUCAUGAGCAUUUUUCAAGAAAACUGGCAGCGGGUGCCGUUAAUUGAUCCCCAUCGAUAGCAUUUUUUAAGAAGCAUCAGUUAUUUUUAAAAUGUAUUUGUGAAUUAAUUGUAAGUUUUACUUGAAAAGGUUUUAUUUGUAAACUAGUAAAGAAUUAAUAAUAAAUCAUAAUGAUUUCCAGUGUUUGUAACAAUUUGUAAAUAUCAUAUUAUGUGCUCCUAUAUCCUCACUGCCUUUUAUAUUUAUUUAUUAAAAAUGUUGCUGA